AUGGAUAUCGAUGGUCCUAGGGUGUACGAGCAUAAGAGGGCGAUGGGCACGGCCUCCUCCUUGGCGAUCGGGACGGCCAAUCCCAGUAAUGUGAUGCUGCAGAGCGACUUCCCGGACUUCCCGGACCACAUCAAGGAGGAGCUCAAGGACAGGUUCAGGCGUAUAUGUCAUUUAUUUGCAGGUCAGAAAUCGGCCAUUAGGAAGCGGCACCUGUACAUCGACGAGGCACUGCUGGGCGCUAAUCCUGAGAUGACCACGCACGGGGGGCCAAGUCUGGACAAGCGCAAGGACAUCAUCUCGGCCAAGAUCCCUGAACUCGGCGCCGCGGCCGCCGCCGCCGCGCUCAAGGAGUGGGGGAGGACGGUGGUGGACAUCACCCACCUCAUCGUGGGCUGCAACAGCGGCGGCAGCGACCAGCCCGGCGCCGACUACCACGUCGCCCGCCUCCUCGGGCUCUCCCCCUCCGCCAGCCGCCUCGGCGUCUACCACCAGGGCUGUGUCGUCGGCGCGUCCACGCUGUGCCUCGCCAAGGACCUCGCCGAGAACAACGCCGGCGCCCGCGUGCUGGCCGUCCUCGUCGAGGUCAGCAUCAUCGCCAUCCGCGGCGCCGACUCCGCCGCGGCGGCGGGGGACGGGAGUGAGAGGCCGCUGUUCGAGAUCGUGCGCUCGAGGCAGCUCACCGUGCCAGGAACGGGCGACGCCAUGCGAGGGCUCAUCCGGGAGGCGGGCCUUACCAGGGGCGGAUCCAAAAUGGAGCUGCACCCCGGGCUAAAUCCGCCCCUGGGCCUUACGAUCAGUCUCGUCAGGGAAGGGCCGUCUAUGUUUGCGAGCAACCUCGAGGCCGCCCUUCGGGGGUUUCUCGGCGGCUCCGUCACUGACGGCGACUGGAACGCGCUGUUCUGGGCGUUGCAUUACCCUGGGGGCCGCCUAAUCCUGGACAAGGUGGAGACGGCGCUUGGGCUGGAGCCGGCCAAGAUGCGGGCCUCUCGCGAGGUGCUCGCCGAGUACGGCAACAUGGGCAGCGCGUCCGUGUGGUUCAUCCUCGACGGCAUGCGCCGCUGGUCCGCCGCCAACGGCUGCGGCACCGCAGGGGAGGGGUGCCACUGGGGCGCGCUCUGCGGCUUCGGCCCCGGGCUCACCCUGGAUCUCGUCCUCUUGCGUGCCGCGCGCGUCUAG